AUGGAGAUUGUUGAGUUAAAAGUGGAGAUGGUUUGUAUACAUGAGAAAAGACUAAGGAAAUGCCUCUCAAAAUUAAAAGGGAUAGAGAAAGUGGAAGUAGACACUAGCUGCCAAAAGGUAGUAGUCACUGGAUACACACACAAGAACAAAAUCUUAAAAGCAAUUAGGAGAGUGGGUCUCAAGGCUGAUUUCUGGUCUGCUCAGAAUGAGUUGCUUAAUGCUUAUGUCAGUGCCAAUUAUACCAGCUUGAGAUUCAAUCCCUUCAACUUCUUCUAG